CAGCAGCAUCAUGGCGUCCACGGUGACCCUGGAGGAUGCUCUGUCCAAUGUUGACCUUCUGGAGGAGCUGCCUCUCCCAGACCAGCAGCCCUGCAUCGAGCCCCUACCCUCCUCCCUGAUGUACCAGGUAAGAACUGUUCUCAGACCAGCAGCCCUGCAUCGAGCCCCUACCCUCCUCCCUGAUGUACCAGGUAAGAACUGUUCCCAGACCAGCUAGAGCCCCUACCUUCCUCCCUGAUGUACCAGGUAAGAACUGUUCUCAGACCAGCAGCCCUGCAUCGAGCCCCUACCUUCCUCCCUGAUGUACCAGGUAAGAACUGUUCCCAGACCAGCUAGAGCCCCUACCUUCCUCCCUGAUGUACCAGGUAAGAACUGUUCUCAGACCAGCAGCCCUGCAUCGAGCCCCUGCCCUCCUCCCUCAUGUACCAGGUAAGAACUGUUCCCAGACCAGCUAGAGCCCCUACCUUCCUCCCUGAUGUACCAGGUAAGAACUGUUCUCAGACCAGCAGCCCUGCAUCGAGCCCCUACCUUCCUCCCUGAUGUACAAGGUAAGUUCUGUUCUCAGACCAGCUAGAGCCCCUACCUUCCUCCCUGAUGUACCAGGUAAGAACUGUUCUCAGACCAGCAGCCCUGCAUCGAAGCCCCUGCCCUCCUCCCUCAUGUACCAGGUAAGAACUGUUCUCAGAUCUGCUGUCAAGUUAAGCAGGAAACACCUGAAUGUAGAUUUCAUUUGAUUAUAACAUCCUAUCUCUCUCCAAAGCCCAACUUCAACACCAACUUUGAGGACCGUAAUGCCUUUGUGACGGGGAUCGCCAGAUACAUCGAGCAGGCCACCGUCCACUCUAGC